AAAAGGCUGCGCUUGGGGCUAUAAAAGGGCAUCGCGGCGCCAUUCCCAGGGCGGGGGUGGCCUGGCAGCCCCCCUCGGGGCCUGAGGCUGCUGAGGCCUGGCCCCAUUCCCGUGCCCCCCCCCCCCGGAUGCCGGGGGUCAGUGUGGGGCGCUGGGGGGGAGGUGGUCCUCGGGGAGGCCCUGCUGGGAAGCUGGGCGGAAGCAGCACCCGGGGUCCCGGUGGUGGAGCCUGGGAGCGGGGCCAGGAGCUGCCCGGGGCGUGGGAAGCGGGGCCGGGGGGGCCCUGAGCCCCCGGAGAGGGGGUGAGCGCUGCCCCCCCACCAUAGUGGGAGGGCUGAGGCUUGGGUACCCCACAGCUGUGGGGGUGGGGAUGCCUGAACCCCCCAUAAGUGUGACGGGUGAUCUCUAGGCACUCCAUAGCAGGGGGGUGACCCCUGGGUCCCCAUAGUUGGGGGGUAGCCCAGGGACCCCACAUAGCUGGUUUUGGGGGAGUGGGGGCGCCCCCUGGCGGGGUCCAGAGAGCGCAUGCACCCUAUAGCUCGGGGCGUGGGGCGCUUCGGCUCCUUUCGGCUUCAUUCGGCUCUUCCCGGCUUCCCUCAGCUCCCUUCGGCUCUCCCCGGCUUCUCUCGGCUCCCUUCGGCCCUUCCCGGCUCCCCUCGGCUCCCUUCGGCCCUUUCCGGCUUCUCUCGGCUCCCUUCGGCCCUUCCCGGCUCCCCUCGGCUCCCUUCGGCCCUUUCCGGCUUCUCUCGGCUCCCUUCGGCCCUUCCCGGCUCCCCUCGGCUCCUUUCGGCCCUUUCCGGCUCCCUUCGUCCAUUCCUGGUUGGGGCGAUGGCGGCCGGUCGCCGUUCUCCGCCCGGUCCCUGCUGCCCGUCGCGGUUGGCGGUGCCCAGCGUCCACCAGAGCCUGCCCGAGAUGGACUUCGAGCGGGGGAUCUGGGCGGCGGCGCGGGACGGGGACGAACCCCGGGUGCUGGAGCUGCUGGAGCGGCGGGGAGAGCCCAGCCAGCCCGACCUGGCUGGGUACACAGCACUGCACUAUGCCAGCCGCAAUGGCCACCUGGGCGUCUGCCGGCUGCUGCUGCAGCGCGGCGCCCGCUGUGAUGCCCGCACGCCAGGUGGUGCCACCCCCCUGCACCGCGCCAGCUACUGUGGCCACCUGCCCAUCGCCCAGCUGUUGCUAGCCCACGGCGCUGACCCGCUGGCCACCGACGGGGACGGCCGCACCAGCCUGCACAAGGUGGGUGGCACAGCCGGGAUGUCCCCCCCGGGCCUUGCGCCAGCAUUUGCACACCCUGGCGAUGACAGAUGCGUCACCCACAGGCCGCUGAGCAAGGCCACGGGGAGCUCUGUGCCCUGCUCCUGCAGCACAGCCCGGCGCUGGCUGGCAUCCGCGACACCAAGGGCCGGUGUCCCCGCGACGUGGCCACCCCAGCGGUGCGGGACCUGCUGGACACCUGACGGGGACACCCAGUGCCACUGGACAACAUCUGCGAUGGAUAAACACAGCCCCUGACACCCAA